AUGUCAGACAUGGUCCCCCUGGAAGAGAGGUACAAGGCCAGCAUGGUCCUGAGUGGAGCAGGAGAUGCCCUGGGCUACAACCAUGGUAACUGGGAGUUUGAAAAGGAUGGAGCGUUCAUCCAUGAGGAAGUGCAGAAGAGAGGAGGUCUAGAGAAGCUGGAUGCCAUAGACUUCCCUGUUAGUGAUGACACCGUCAUGCAUCUGGCUACAGCUGAGGCUCUGGUCAAGUUAGGGUUUGGGGAAGGGGCGUCCCUCCCUGUGCUGUAUCAAGCCAUGGUGGAGAAGUACAUUGUAAGCAUGACAGACAUGGUUGGAAGAGGAGCAGGUAUGUAACCGUUUUUAGUCUUUAUGAAGUGUGUCAUGUUGUGUUAACAUGAGUGGCAAAUGGCAAUAUUUAUGCACACAGGGGCACGGUACACUUAACUUAGAUGUAAAGUCCCCUGUAUAGAGGACCUGCGUGGUUCUGGUAGCGGUUCUGACCGACAUUUUGGCUUAAAUCGUUCUGUGGACACCGUAGAUCGAAACGGCUUGCAUUGAGCGAUAUCCCUGGUUCCCACGGACACAGUAGUAUAUUUUGUGAGCCUUAUCGUAGGAUGUGACAUCUGAAACCACUUUAAGCUGGGAUGUCCCACCUACCAUUUCAUUCGCUCUUCCGACUGUCCAUCAACUCCUGGCUGAACCCUACCUCACAUCCAAAGCACAUGCCUGCAGUCGUUACAUCGUAGCGCAGCAGGAGAGAUGUGUUUCAUCACGACAGCACAUUCAGAGAUGGAUUUAUAGCAAUUAAUCUAAAAUAAAAAACACUUUCCGUUUGUCAUAGAAAGACAGUGAUGAAAGGUGCGUUCCUAAAGAUUUCAGGAAGCCAAGCUAGAGCUCUGUGAGACGUUCACAUCGAUGGGGGCAGACGUUUUGAUCAAGAGAGACCUUUAGAAAAUCUGCACAUUUUCUCUUAACACUAAACAUACAAUUAUUUUUACGUUAAACAUUUUACUAAUUUAGAAGACGGUCUUAUCCAGAGCAACUUACAGUAGAGGGCAUACAUUUUCAUAUUUGUACUUUUUUCGUGCUGGUCCGCUGUGGGAAACGAACCCACUUGUCGCAAGCGCCAUGCUCUACCAACUGAGUCUCAUAGUUAGUCAUUUUAAUAUUUGAUUAUACUAUAUUUAGAAAGCAUAUAAGUAAUUUAAUGUCUUAUUCAUACAGUUUUGUUGAAUAGGAAAUGCAUCAUAUAAAAUGUUUCAUACUUUCAUGUUUUUUUAUCGUAUUUGUACUGUGUAGUUGAGCUUGUGUCCUCAAAAGGGACUACACCUCAGUCAUUUAUAACAAUUUUUACCAGAAAGGUGAGAUUUUAACAUUUAUUUGAGUAUGCAACAUUACUAGUUAUUGAUUAUGGCCCUAUCAUAAAAAAUAAUUACUUUUGUGGAUGACGUAGAUUACAUUUUCGAUUACAUUUAGUUACAUUUAACUGGUUUUAAACCAACAUGUUGAUCUUCAUUAAAUUCAAUACUUAUACUCUCUCUGUCUCCGCUGUAGGCAUCACCUGCAUCAACAGCGUUACAAUGCACAGACAGAGAACUGACCAGGGCAUUAAGAUUCCCUUCAACAAGUGGGGCGGAGGGUGUGGGGCAGCCAUGAGGGCCAUGUGUAUCGGCCUGCGCUUCCCCGACCCUGAGCAGGAGCACCUGCUGAUAGCUGUGAGUGUGGAGAGUGGGCGUCUGACCCACCACCACCCCACAGGCUACCUGGGUGCCCUGGCUGCAGCCCUGUUCACGGCCUACGCAGUGAGGGGCACCUUGCCCGUGGAGGCCUGGGGACACAGACUCAUGGAUGUCCUAGACAAAGCCAAGGAGUACAUCAGGCAUUCGGGCAACUAUGUGGAGCAGAACAUGGAUCACUGGUGAGGCCUUUGUUGUUGUUGGCUGCAGAGGAGGCUGGUGGACGGAGUGGAAAAGUGGGCAGAGUGGAACGGUGGGCGGACUGGAACGGUGUCAAAAACAUGGUUUCCAUGUCUUUGAUAUGUUUGAUACCACUCCAUUCCAACCAUCACAAUAAGCCUGUCCUCCUAUAUCUCUGCCCAACAGCCUCCUUUGGUUGACUGUAUGCAGUUCACACUUCACACCUCAAUGUUAAUUAGUGAAAGUUGUUGUUGUUUAUAAAGAAAUAUGACAUACUGCCAUGAGAUUUUCCAGUUAACACACCAUUGUCUAACACAGAUAUAGGAUCUUAAUUUGUUCCUUUUUUUGUUGCUGAGAAUUUUCCUGAGCUGCAGGAAAUGCAUAUGAGCUUCGUGGUUUACAUAAAUUCACAGAAAACUACAUUAACACCCAGCUAUAUUAACAGUAUUCCACUUUUCAUGUAGCCUCAUUUUACCAGCUAAUAGCCUAACCACCGAUCAGUCAACAUUAUGGACUAAACGAUCAAAUCCUGUUCCUGCAGGAUUCUUUUGCUGCGACAAUUCAGGCCAAAUUAAUUCCUAUAUUUAUGCCUGGGUUUACAAAGUAGAAUGGUGUGUAAGCUUCAUCUGCUUCUGACUAAUCUUAUUUUUCCAGGGACUACUUUGGAAUUCAGUGGAGAGCCUAUUUAGAAAAGAGAGGGAUUUUGGAUGGAAAGAGCAAACUUCAGUUCCCAGAGUGCUACGGAGUGAAGGAGAGGGAGCAUUUCUAUAGGGCGGUGAGCUUCAAGGGUGUGGGUGGCGCCAGUGGGCAUGAUGCUCCCAUGAUAGCUUACGAUGCCCUCCUGAGGGCAGGCGACUCCUGGGUUGAGCUGGCCAAUCAUGGCUUCUUCCACGGCGGGGACAGCGACUCCACGGCCGUGAUCGCUGCUGCCUGGUGGGGCGCACUGUUCGGCUUCAGAGGGGUGCCAGAGAUCAACUACCGGAGUCUGGAGUACCGUGACAGGCUAUCCAAACUAGGUCAACAGCUAUACGAGCUCAGGGGAAAACCUCUUGAUUCUGAGAAAGAGAAAAGCAAAUUAAACCAAUAGAUGGUUAAACGUGAAAUUCAUUACAUUUCUUGCAGAUAAUCAGUAAUUCCAGCUACUUAAACUUUUUUGACACUAAUUUUGCAUCCCUUGAUUUUUGCAUUACAUAUUUUAAAGAAUAUGACUGGAUCUGGAAAGGUUUAUAGAGUACUUAUAAUCUCAAGCUGCAGUCCAACUACUGACCAGGAGAUGGAGCCAUAGGCAUAUGGAGAAUUUGCUCUUUAAUUACGAAAAUGUUCUGUUAUGGCAACAUCUUUUUUUUUAUUCCAGCCUAUAAUCAAACCUUCACUAACAUACAUUAAUGCUACAGUUGUUGUGCUAUUAUUGUAGCAUUUUAGCUAUGGCAGAGUGUAAAAAUUGAUUUAUUUACUUCAGAUUAGACUGAUGUUAUUGUGUACAUCUUCAAAAUGAAGACUACAAGUACAGUGGUUACCAGAGGGUGGCAGUGUAACUUAACAAAUCUCUCUCUCUCUCUCU